AUGACGGUCGCACACGACUUGACCCAUAGAGGGUCCUCAUCCCACUCUGCCAACAACAUGGCCCUUGAAGACAGAUUCGAGGUGCUCAAGGAAAUCGGGGAUGGUAGCUUUGGCAGUGUCGUCCUUGCCCGAGUCCGUAGCGCAGGUGCUAGCGUGGCUCGCCGCGGUACAGUGGUCGCCAUCAAAACCAUGAAGAAGACAUUCGAGUCCUUCGCCCCGUGCCUGGAACUUCGCGAAGUCGUCUUCCUCAAGACGCUUCCUAACCAUGUCCACCUCGUCCCCGCCCUCGACAUCUUCCUCGACCCCUACAGCAAGAAGCUGCACAUCGCCAUGGAGUACAUGGAGGGCAACUUGUAUCAAUUGAUGAAGGCCCGGGACCACAAAUGCCUUGACAACGCCAGCGUCAAGAGCAUUCUGUUCCAGAUCAUGCACGGUCUUGAGCAUAUCCACGCACACCACUUUUUCCAUCGCGACAUCAAGCCCGAGAACAUCCUCGUCUCUACCUCUGCCCACCAGGACGCCGUCACGUCUUUCCGCAGGUACUCGGCCCUCGUCACACCUCCCUCUACGCCCCCCAGCUACACUGUCAAGAUCGCCGAUUUUGGUCUCGCCCGCGAAACGCACUCCAGGUUGCCCUACACGACGUACGUUUCGACGAGAUGGUACCGUGCGCCCGAAGUGCUUCUUCGUGCCGGUGAGUAUUCGGCCCCAGUCGACAUCUGGGCUGUCGGUGCCAUGGCCGUCGAAAUAGCUACUCUCAAGCCGCUCUUCCCUGGCGGAAACGAGGUCGACCAAGUUUGGAGGGUCUGCGAGAUUAUGGGAAGCCCCGGGAAUUGGUACAACAAAUCCGGUGGCCGUGUUGGCGGUGGCGAAUGGAAGGAUGGCACCAGACUCGCCGGCAAGCUCGGUUUCUCAUUCCCCAAGAUGGCGCCCCAUGCCAUGGACACGAUUUUGCAGCAACCGCAGUGGCCUGCUUCACUGAGUCACUUCGUUACGUGGUGCCUCAUGUGGGACCCCAAGGCUCGCCCUACUUCAACCCAGGCAAUUGCCCACGAGUACUUUGCUGACGCCGUUGACCCUCUGAGGCCGAAGUCGUCGGCUUCGAGAAUUUUGGGCCGCAAGCAGUCUGAUCUCAAGGGCACCGCCAACUCCAACUCUUCUACCCCCGCAUCUUCCAAGCCGUCGUGGUUCAGGAAAUCCCUGAUCGGUCGCUCGGAAAGCGCCGAGGUUGCCAUCCCCCAACCUAUUUCCAAAGAUCCAACCCCGAGACCUUCUCCCGUUCCUUCGCAAACAACGAACGAGGUUCCCGUCGCCAAGACGCGUCCUGCUCAGCCGAAGCGCACGACCUGGUCAAACGGCCCGUCAAACGUCGCACCCAUGCCGAUACUCCCUACGAUCCGUCCCAUUUCCCCGCUGUCCGACGCCGUGACCGCCGAAGCGAGGAACGGUGUUACCUACAACGACUCGUACGCCAACAGCCGGCAUCGUGCAGUUCAGGUUGAUGACAAGAAGAAGAUUGGCAGGCAAUUGUCGGUUGCCUCGAGCACUAACAACUAUGCGGAGAUUCACCGGCAACAGGCCGAGAGGGCACUGAACGGCAACGGCGGUCUCGCAUCGCCGCCUAAUGGUCAGAAGGAAAGCUUCUUUUCGCACCUAAGGAAACGCGCUCGCCGUUUCUCAGGCAGGCACCAGGUCCCCAUGUCGCCCAACUCUGACGAUGUCGAAGCCCAGACUGGCUGCGGCCCUUGGAACAGCAACCGGUCCUCCAUGGUGAUUGACAACGCGCCUACUCCCCCGCCAAAGCCUACCGAGAUCUACGAGCCGCUUGACAAGGCCCUGAGAGAUGUUCAGCAGAAGCAGAAUCAGAAUCAAGAUCACGCUCCCGUCCCCCCUGCGCACCUCAUUACCCCCAGCAGCACUCUCAAGAGGCACCACUCUUUGCCGCAACAUCAGCCGCGGUCGGUCGACAACUUGAUGAUGGCUGCAAGAGGAACUGUGCCAGUCUCGAACCGAACUCGACGCCAGGGUGUGCAGCACUACGAUGCACCGGACGAGGAGGACGAGCUACUCGAUGAGGUUCUCAACUCAACGCACCGCGCCAUGAACCGCCUUGAGAAGGACGGAAAACCCGGCCUGCGUCAGUCUGCCAGCAAUGUUGGCAUGUCGAACCCGUACCCGACCCCGUCCCCCUCGGCCAACGGUAACUCUGUCCUCUUCGGCGACAACCACGAAGCCGUCGCUCCUAAGCCUUUGAACCUCCAAAAGUCACACGGCGGCGAGAGCCAAUACAAGUGGCCUACGCCCCCAUACGAGGAGAGCGAAUGGGCUGCUUCGGCGUCCGCUAGUAUCUGGGCGGCCAGUAACCGGUUUUAA